AUGGCAGAGGCCACCAACCAAUUCUCCUCCAAGGCAAUCAUCGCCGCCUUCUGCUUCGCUAUCAUGGGAAUAAUCUUGACCGAGGGCCAACAAAAUUUCCUAACCGAGUGUCGCAAGAAGCUUGCUCCUGGACAGUGUGGGUGGCAGAUUGGCAACGAGUUGUAUUCUGGGAAUGCUACGGUGGACCAGCAGUGUUGCAGUCGCCUAGUGGAUAUGGGAGAGAAGUGCCACAAGGAGCUUUUGAAGAACUAUCUCUCAUCCCCUGAUCAUGCCAAUGUCAAUGCCACCGAAGCUUGGCGGAGGAGUGACGUCCUCUGGAGCCGGUAUACCUACAUGAUCAAGGAUGGAUAUAUGAUCUUAAGUUGA